GGCCACUUGCAAAGCAUGGCCGUGUUUACGGGACAGAUGGCCUUUCCUCUGCUGAUCUUCAACACCAUCGCCACGGCAGAGCUCGGCUCGUUGGACCUGGGUGUCAUCGGCGCCUGCAGCCUCGGCAAGGUCCUAGUGCUUGGGAUCACCUGGUUGCUGACCUAUUGUGCCUUCCGGCCGGAGAGGUCGCACGGCCAGCGCAUAUUGACAUCCUCGGUGUUCGCCUUCUUUGCGAUCGCUUCGGAUGACUUUGCCAUUGGUUUCCCCGUCAUCGACGCCCUCUACGGUAAGGUGUUGGACAUGGGCAUAUACAUUGCCGGCAAUGCUUUGGUGGGUUCCUUUGUCUUCGUGCCGGUCACCAUGGCGGCCCUAGCUGUUGGGGGCGUGCUCAAGAAGAGCGAGGCCGACGGCAGCAAGAAAGCCUCGACGUGUGAAAUCAUGAGGACUCUCCUCUUUGACCUCUUUAGUAACCCUGUGCUCCUGAUGACGGGAGCUGGGCUCCUGUACAAGCUGCUUCUGGGCAACACCAUCAUCCGAGAAGGUGGUCAAAGCAAGCUCCCGCAUCCUUUCUGCGACUUGAUCGAGCUCUUCACAGCGCCUUUCACAAUGUGCGCUCUCUUCUUGACCGGGACUUCGCUUCGGUCCGCAAAGUUAUCGACCUGGCCCUGCGGGCUGGUCCUACUGAAGGUCGUGGUCUGCGCCUACUUGAGCUACUCUUUCGGGACGGUCUUCGUGACCGGCCAUGACGAGGUGCGUGGCCUUCUGCGCGACUUUACCUUCUUUUAUGGCGCGAUACCGACUGGGAGCCCCCCGAUCGUUUUUGCUGGACUGUACGACCCGGACUCGUCGGAGCUUGUAGCAACGGCCGUUUUGCUCGGACUUAUCCUUGCGGGGCCGAUUAUGUUUGUGACGUCCGUGCUGUUGAACUCCGACGCCGAAAGCAGCGCGCACGACGUUCUGAACGACGUCCAGCUGAGCGCAGAUGCAGCCAGCCUGGUAUGUGGAGCGCUUCUUGUGGUGUCGUUGAUAAUUGUCCGACGCUUCUGGAACUGCGUCUGCCCGGUGAAAACGCUGCUAGCAUGCUAUGCCCUGGUGCUCAUUGCAUACAACUCGCUCAGCUUGCUUUUCGAGAUUCCCGAGUUGCAGAAGGACAACUGCCCGACGGUCGAUGAGCUUGGGCAGCGUUCGAUCCUGGUGCUUUGCUUUGGCUGGUCACAGCACACGGCCUCCAUUCUACUGCUAGUACUGCAGCUGGCCCUUGUCAAGGAUUCCGCUUUCUCUGGACACCGACCAGCCUUCAACAUUCUGCCUCCUUUGCUUUGCGCUUUGCUGGCGCUGGUUCCGGCUUUUCUGGCCGCUCCGAACACGCUCUAUGAGAUCUGUCGAUAUGAGGAAAGCGGGCCGCUCACCAUAGCAAACAUGGUCUGGUCCUGUCUCAAGCUGGCAGUCUGCAUUGGUCUUUCUAUCCGGGGGAUUCUGGCCAGUGGUGACAGAGGGGCUCCUGACACGUCCGUGCCAUCUUCUGAGGAGGAGGAAACCAGCGAGGAGGAGCCGACAACUCCCGAGUGCCAGCGCCCGAUACCUCGUGGGGUGCUGCGGGUCCUCACCACCAUGAACAUCCUCAAAGUCCUCACGCAGGUGGUGAAUGCCUCACAGGUCUAUUUCAAGAACCGGAAGACCUCCGGGAGCUUUGCUGCAAUGCUGGUUCUCGAAUCCGUGAUCUCCCAUGGCCAGGCCGUCGUGCUUUUGGCUUCGCUUCUUUUCGACUCGCAGUUUACUUCUCUUCACCUGGACUUUUGCUGUCCCUGCUUGCGUCGGCUAACUUCAUGGUCGACAGGAGCUCGUGAUUCGCUCGCGUCGGUGAACCCUUUCUCCCUGACGGCCGCGAAUCUCCCCUCCUCCGAGGCUCAGGAAGCUUGA